AUGAUGGCACUGAUUGACCUGCGGAGUGAUACCGUUACCCACCCCACCGAUGAGAUGCGCCGUGCAAUGGCCGCCGCCGAGGUUGGCGAUGAUGUGUUUGGCGAAGACCCGACCAUUAAUGCCCUGCAGGAGCGCGCUGCCGGCCUGAUGGGUCAGGAGGCGGGUUUGCUGACGGCAAGCGGGACGAUGAGCAAUCUGAUCGCAGCGCUGGCAUGGUGCAGCCGUGGCGACGAGAUGAUCAUGGGGCAGGAAGCCCACAUGUUCUGGAAUGAAUCGGCGGGUCCGACCGCGCUGGCGGGAGCGCAAAUCCGGCUGGUGCCCAACGACGUCAACGGUCGUAUUUCGGCGCAGGACGUGGCCGCUGCCGUCCGGGACAGUUCCAACAUUCACGUGCCGGCGACCACGCUGGUCUGCCUGGAAAAUACCCACAACCGCUGCAGCGGCGGGGUGAUGACGCCCCAAGAUACCAGGGAGGUGGUGGACGUUGCCCACGCCGCCGGCGCUGCGGUGCAUCUGGACGGGGCGCGAAUAUUCAACGCGGCGGUGGCGCUGGAGGUGCCGGCCUCGGAGCUGACCAAAGACGUUGACGACGUGAGUUUCUGCUUGUCCAAGGCCCUUUCCUGUCCGGUGGGCUCGGUGCUGUGCGGCUCUGAGGAGUUUAUCGGCAAGGCCCGCAAAUGGCGGAAGAUGGUUGGCGGCGGAAUGCGUCAGGCCGGGGUGUUGGCCGCGGCGGGUUUGGUAGCGCUGGAUUCGAUGGUCGAACGGCUGGCCGACGAUCAUGCCAACGCCCGCCGGCUGGCGGCUGGCCUGGCGAACAUUGAUGGGCUGACCGUAGAUGAAGAUGGCAUCCAGACCAACAUCGUGAUAUUUGAGGUCGACCGGGAGAAGGUGGGCGAUGCCAGGGAGGUUAUCGCUGCGCUGCGUGAAGACGGCGUAUUGGUGAGUCACAGCCGCGACCAGGCCUUGCGCAUGGUCACCCACCGUCACAUCACGGCGGGCGAUGUUGACGAGGCGCUUUCCCGCGUCAAUGGCACCGUGCGGCGGAUGGCCGGAGCCGCAUAG